CGGGCAAAGAGCGAAACGAUCAAAAUAUGGCGGAACUGUAUCGAGCCGAGAGGAACUGGGGUAAAUAGGCUUCGUGUAGGAGAACAGUUUCCUUCCUUAACAACAGGCGGCAACCAAGGGUUCGAACGUCACUACCGGCUUCACGUUACAUGGUAUGAGUCAUUAUGAGCUUCGCAUUACAUGGUAUAGCCAUGACAACCAUCUUAUUUCGAGAUAGAAUUACAUGACAUGAUGAUAUCACAUUACUUAUUUCGACCUAUUUCGACCGAUUUCGACCUGUUUCAUGUCUUUUCGACACAUGAUGAGUCGUAAUAUGUCGUAAUAUGAGUCGUAAUUUUGUCGUAAUAUGUCGAAAAGUAAUUUUGCUACAGAUGGCGCGUCAUACAGAUGGCGCGUCAUACGUCAUAGCCUUUUGAUUAUUUCCGUUCAAUUGGUUUGUGUGACAGCAUCAUGAUCAGUUUGCAAAUUUGAAAAUGCAGUGUCACCCAAGUCCAAUACCAGAAAAUAGUCUAAAGGCGGAAAUCAUUUCACAGAACGUUUGAAUCAAACAUUACCGUUUUAUUUCCAACCUUCACAAACUAAAACGUGCACAAGUCUUGACGUACAACUCUACGAGAACAUCAGAGAGAAUUCAAAGAGCUUCCGCUUUCAACAUCGAAUCCAUGAUGGACGUUUACGUGGACUACAGCUGCGAAGACAACAACGAAACUGGCAGAGCCAAGCUUACUGUCUGUGCCUUCGAUACAACAAGCAUCAGAGAUGUAAAGUACGCUAUUCAGGCCGCCGUUCAAGCACCAGUUUGUGAUCAACAACUGUUUUAUCAGGGACAACCGGUAACAGACGAUGACAUGACCCUCAGCAGAUUGUAUUUCAGGGUGGGUGACUGUUUUAAAGUGCAAUUUCUUGCUGCAGUGGACAUUACACGAAUGAGUGAGCUAGUGAUUGUGUUAAAGGACUUCGCUCGAGAAAUUGUCGAAAAGCUCAACAGACAGCUUCCUGUCAUAAACACAGAAGAGGAGCCCGACAGCCUGAGGAGACAUCAUGACUUCCUUUCUGUCCGGCAUAAAGCUGCAUGUCUUGCAAUAGAGGAGCUUCAGGAUUCCUUUCUCUACCCAUGGAAAUGUUUAAGAACCGUUGCUCAAAGACACUUUUUCGUUCAAGAGAGAGGAUUUGAGGCUUUUUUGGAGGUGUUCAAAUUUUCACGCCAAAUGUACCAGAACUUCAACGUAAAGGAAAAUUCAGUGGAAACAACCAGGACUCCAGAUCAAUACAAACACCUCAUUAAUCAGUGGCAACUCUAUCUUCAGUCGUGCUGUCUCUCCUUUAUCUGGGGCUUUGGUGAAACACCUCAGAAUCGGAAAUUUCUUUUGCCAAAGGGUGUAUUUCCCCUGGCAGUUGAUGCCCUCCUGCUGAAGCCACCCCUCCUUGAAGACUCUGACAUACAUAGCAGGAUUGUCGAUAUAAAUGAAGCAGCCCUAGGACCCAUUGGAGAAUUGGUGGAGUACGAUCCCAACCUCCAGGAGGAGGUUUCCAAAAUGUCUCCACUGAUUGACAAGUUACUCUUUAUGAUAGACAGGUGUCAAUCGGAGCCUGCAGGAUAUUCAUUGUAUUCAAGCCAGGUGGCUUCUGACAUUUUGUUUUAUUGCACAUGCAAUAUCAAAUCUGCCCAGCCAUUGGUUGAUUGUGGAGCACUGGAAAAAAUUCUUAAUAUCACCCAGAAGCUUCUGAUUGAUAAGGACAGAGAUGCACCUCUUAGGUACUACUGUUGUCUGUUCCUGGCUAGACUGCGUUCAGCUUCCCUGGUCAGGCUGGACAGAGACACGUGUGCUGCUGUUGAAGAACUUAUUGAUGUGUUCCUAGAACAGCAUGUUCCCAACGAGAUUUCAAAAUGGGAGGAAGACACGUCGCACGUUCGGAUAACAAUGACGCCUCUGGUUCAUCUCGCCUUUGCUGCAGGAAAGAAAUACUACUGUAGCCAAAUUAAAGUCUUAGAGUGUGAUACGCCACAAAGUGAAUACGCAUAUGUUCUCAAGAGCAAACAAUCAAAUGCUGCCAAAACUGAGUUCAAUAAAGCUGAAGCUGAAACUUCACGUUCUCAAAACAGAGGAGGAAAAAGGAAAGUAGUUUUUCUUGAAAACAAACAAUCAGAAGCUUUCGUAACUGAUUUGGAUGACGCUGACAAGGAUGAUGUGAAGGAAUUUCAGAGUAGUUUAUACCCUUUAUCACAUUCUGACAACAGGGUAGAAAAUCAUGAAACAGUUUGCAAACGUAGGAAGAUUGAAGGACAUACCCUGUUCGCAACAUCUGAUAAUCCGGAAAUUGUAACUUCAGUGUCUGAGGACAGAAACUGUUUGACAAGAAACAGGAAAAACCAAUUCACAUGGCCAGGCUCUCCAUCAACACAAAAACUUGGAAUCUUUUCUCUGAUGCACAUGUUUUCAUUCAAAGAGAACCAGCAGUUAGCGCUCGUAGAGAAUCUCCUUCCAUACUUGGUGUGUCUAUCGUGGCAUCUAAAGCGUGAUGAGAGGGAAAAAUUAAGAACAAGUCUGGCAAAUUUUCACGAUGGUUUCUCGCCUCCAUCUUUGAAAGUCAUUGCCAAAUCCAUGCUUGCUCUUGUUAAUGGUUUAGACAUGGUUUACAAACUAUAAACAGCCCAACAGACAGUGGAAACGAUAAUCACAGUAUAACUGAUCCAUGGCAUAGGUCACACUGAAAACGAUACACAACAUAUCGUUGAUUUACGCUUUAGGACUUUUUCUUCUGUACUUUAGAAAAUAGCCCAACAAAAAUACGCGUGCUGAUUGGUUUGAAAUCGGGUUUCUAUGAAACACUUAGAUCAUGAGCUCGAGAUUUCUAUCGCUCGUUCAAAACGUUAUCUUAAUCCUCUUCACAGACACCGCGAAAACGCAAAGAAGCGGCGGUCAUUUUGAUAAUAUGCGCACACUGCUACGCUACGCACUAUCUACCACAGAAUAGAUAUGAGCAGCGUGGCCAAUCAGAGAGCAGCAUUCGUGGUAGAACGCUAGUAGAUUUAUACUAAAACUCGAUAGAAACACGAUACCUGUUUUCUAAUUCUUAAUUGAACGCUCUUCGUCUACUACGCGGCUUGCAAACACAGGUUGGAUAGUUGUCUGUGCUUCAAGGUUGAAGUAAGUUGACUGUUGACCAUAUUUGUUUACUCCUAAUCCUUGAUGGAAGACAAAAGCACUCGAACAACGGCUCUAGUUUCGGAGUCGGUACCGUUUGAUGAUCGGAAUUAGUCACCAGAAAUUCUCCCUCGUACGACGAAAGUUUUCCUGUUUCUUUCUCCUGAGAAGCAUCCGCCAAUCCAUUCGGUGUCAAAAAACUCAUUUGACACGUUUGACAGUGACGUCAGUGCUUUGUCAUCUCUAACACUACUAAAGCACACAUAUCUCUGUUAAAUACUCGUUUCAUAUUCCAUAAUAAAAAUAUUCAAAUAGCAACACAUAGCUACACAGGGGAAAGUACUUCCCGCUCCCGGAACCAAUCAGAUCGUAGGGUUUGUUGAAUUCUACCCGCUCAAGCACUGAGAAAAAAUUAAAAUAGAUAGACGUCUUCUUGUUAUACCUACUUUCUGUCUAGUGUUAAGAAAAUCCUUUUUGGGACGAAAAUAGUGAAAAACCGUUCCCGUUUUGACACCAAAACAGCUCAAACUCAUUCUGUUUGAGUCCUCGACAACUAGAGCCGCAUAUGCCAAACUAGCCUCCUCCCCUCCCCCCCACCACUCCGCACAACCCUACACCUUAGCACGACUUCAUCUAUUAUCUAUCAUUUUGUAAUUGUCGUAAAGUAUUUCCACAAUGAUAACGUAGCUAGAGGGAUUUAUAGCGGGGUUAAGUUGGGAAAGAAAUUCCCAAUUCACUCCUCUUGUCGCACGAAACCUGUCCAUUUCAAAUAUCUUGAGUUGGCUAAAGAACCUUUUGAUUAUUUCCGCUUAAUUGGUUUGUGUGACAGCAGCGUGACGCAUUCAUGUCCAAUACACCCAACUAGAGUCGAUUCGUCUGAGGCACUUGACGAUUCGACUCGAUUCGCACGGAGUAGAUCCGCAUCACCGGAAGUUAACACCCGUGAAAUAAUGGUACAUAAACGUUUCUCGUUCUUAAAACGUGACUACAAACUUGAGUCGAUUCGUGUGAGGUACUUAACCAUUCGACUCGAUUCGCACGGAGUCG